UGCCACGUGAACACAACAGCCACAGGUCUUUCACCUGAUUGAUUUUCUCUAUUUUCUUCCAUUUCGGGCUUUAAUUUUGCAAAUCAAAUUUAUCACGCUGAUCACAAACAUCAUACGUGUUCACCGCUUAGCACUUCAUUUCAGAUACGUUAAAUUGCUGUUAUCGUUGUCGAAAUUGUACCAUAAACAAAAGAUGGCGAGGUUAAGGGAGAUUUCCAACAAUGCUGAUGAAAACCAGACACAACGCACGGAAAGAAAGGGAAGAAAGUUCAAGCAAAAAGAAGAGCCUCAUAGCUUUAAGUACUAUUUCUUUUUAGCGUUGUUUGUGUUUCCUUCCCUCGCUUGGAUUAUAAGCGUUGGAGGGGAUGUUUUGAAUAAUGUCGGUGGAGUGUUUGGAAGUAUUAGUGAUGGGUUUGUUAUUGCAAUGCCACUUCUAUUACCCGUACUUAUUGCCGUCUACUCCAAGAAACUUCGUAGUGUAAUGUUAAAAGGGAUCCUACCUAUUGCAGUCGCUGCUCUAAUUUUCCCAACUAUCCGUGUGUACAUGUGCUCACCAAUUGAACUAAGAAACGAAGAUAUUGGCACGCGAUUUAGUUUGAAAACAACAGCUGCAGAGUUUUUGAAAAGAGCUUGCCAAGAGGAAUGCCUGGCAAAGUCCAAACUACCAUCAUCUUACAGACUCUCGCUAUCAACUCCUAGGGUAGCCAUCAAGGUUCCUUUCCGUCAAAUUGUUAAUCUGAAUUUAACAACGUCGGCAAUGGUAAAUGGACAAGCUGUUAAGGUGGCAAGGCUUUUGUUGCUUGCUUCUUGGCGCAGUGUGAAGGGGAGGUAUCAUGCAUUGAAUAUGAUUGCCAGGGUACCUCUUAAAGUUAAAAAGCUUAAGGAGGGACUAGCUAGCAAGCAAGACAUGCUAAUGGUUGGAAGAGUUGUGCAAGUACCGAACGAUUUAAUGAAACUUAAAGGGGAACUAGAGAAACAGAAAAGAUUCAUGCGUCCAUUUAUGAUGGAGGUGUACAGAGUUGAGCCCAUAGAGGGUGGAACAGGUGAGACAAAGAGGAGCAAGGAAAAGGAUAAACAGGAGGAGAAUGCAAGAAAUGAGAAAAAGGAAACAAAGCAUAAGAAACAGCAGGAAAAAAAUGAGAAAAAAGAAGAGAAAAGACAUGAAGGUGGUAAUAAACAAGAAGAGAACGAAGAUGAAGGAGAGGAUGAGAAUGAAGAAACCAUUUACAAACGGCAAAAGUACAUAGAUGAGGAUGAAGAGGAGCUCAUUAUAGAGGAGGAAUAGACAUUCACAUAAACUCUAACAUUAUUGAACUAAAUUAAUUUGGCCAAGGACGAUAAGGAAUCUGAGCAGGCUUGCAACAUCUUGCUAGCUUCUUUUAAAGGUAAUGUUUGUACUUACAAAAACCCAGUCAUCAACAAGAAGCUUAUUAUUAUGAUGACAUCAUUUUAAUUUAUCCAGUCUUUAAUAUCUUAGCAGUGAUUCACAAAUAAUUCACAAACCCUCUUACAAUCAAUUGACAAUGAGAUUGCGGUGUUUGUGAGAGGCUCACAUAUAUAUAUAUAUAUAUUAUUAUUAUUAUUAUUAUUAUAAUCUUGAUGGCUUCCUUGUUCUUUUUUUCUCAUGCCAACUCCUCUAGCAGCUAUAGCAUUGACAACAUACAUCUUGUAUGAUCCUUGGGGAGAGGUGCUUGGCCUAUAAAUCCCUGAUAACCUAUUUAUCUAAUGUCUACUGAAGGGCAUGGUGGUUAAAAUUGGUAUGUUUAAAAUCCAUACAACUUUUUUGGCAAAAAAAAGAAAUAUACAAGCUUCCUGGAUCCAAAAGCGGAUUGGAAAUUGGGAGAUAAUAAGAUUUCUAAGGUACCUUUUCAUGCAGACAAAUUAUAUCAUGUGAAAUUCUUAAAUUUCUUUGUUAUCUUAGAUUGCUCUUGAUUUAAUUUUUUUCUUUGACAGGAAUUGAUACUCUCGAGUUCAAAUACUAUCUUUCCAAUUUUCUGGAAGUGUUAUAAACUCAGCAUAUCGGGAUCACUUUGAUAUGAAUGUAGAUAGAGGCCUAUAUAAUUUUAAACGCAUCAACCAUUACAUUUUAAGAGUCUCUGUCGACAGGAGCAAAAAAUGGCAAAAUUAAAACUUUAAGGUUUUGUUAGUUUUUAAACUAUUUAAAAAUAUUGUUUAUAUUUUGCCUAGAGGUUCCUUGAAUGAUAUAAAAUAAAAAAAAGUCUUAGUGUUUUUUUUUUUGGUAGAUUAUCUGUUUUUGAGAUAUAAUUGAGCAAAGUUGUUGAUGCAAUUUUAAAUAAAUCAAGAGUCUUACAAUUUGCAGUAUCUCUAGAAUAGAUUAUAUACCAAAAAAUACUGAAGCUUAUUUUGUUUUAUAUUACACAAGGAACAUCUAUGCAAAAAAUCAAGCGAAUAUAAUCUAACACGACCUUACAAUUUGAAAUUUGCCAUUAUUUACUCCAAAUAUCGAAUUAAAAGGUCAACCAAGAUGUGGUUGAAUAGGCCUCUAUACAAUUACGUGUAUGAAAAAUGCAUAUUGCAUUGAAAGAUUGGAAUAAAACGAGAACUGUAAA